AUGGAUAAACCAAGUCAGCCGAGAAUGCAGAAGAGACGUUCGUCGAUCAGCGAGGUUGCGGAACAACAUUUUGACAAGAACACGAUCAUUCUUGCGGUGAACUUGAUCAUUUUGAUGGUCUUGAUGGCUCUUCUUUACAUGUACCGGUUUCAACAAUUCUAUGCACCACUUAUCACCAAAAAACAUCAAUCCUUCCAUUAUUUUUUUUUCUUUAUGAUUUUCAAA